AUGUUCAAAGUGAGAGAGUUUGUGGAUAAACAUACAUGUCCGUUGAAAGAUAAUGUGUAUUCUUGUAAUCAAGCAAGUAGCAGUUUUAUAGCAGGCAUUAUUAAACCAAAAAUAACAAAUUAUAAGAGGAAGUAUACACCAAAGGAUAUAGCAGAUGAUGUGAAAAAUGAAUUUGGUGUGGAUGUGAACUACAUGGAGGCAUAUCGUGCUAAAGAAAAGGCUAUGACUGAGUUGAGGGGAGAGCCAGCAGAUUCAUACAAGAAGUUACCUGCAUACGUAUAUAUUUUGGAUAAAACGUACCCAGGUUCUCAUAUAAGAAUGCACAAAUCGCCUGAAAACGAGUUCUUGUAUCUGUUCGUAGCACUGUAUGCGUUUAUAAAAGGAUUCGACUGGUGUCGACCCAUCGUGGUUGUAGACGGCAGCCACCUCAAGCAAGAAUACAAUGGUACAUCUGUUUCGGCAAGCACAUUGGAUGGUGCAAGGAAUAUAUUGCCUCUAGCAUAUGGCGUGAUAGAUUCAGAAAAUGAUAAGUCUUGGUCAUGGUUCUUUCAACGGUUCAGGGAAGCGUAUGGGGCAAGGGAUAACAUGUGUAUUGUAUCUGAUAGACAUGAAAGCAUCAUCAAGGCUGUAUGUAGAAUUUAUCCUAAUGUUCCGCAUUUAGCAUGCAUAUGGCAUCUUUGGAAGAAUGUAUACAAUAAAUAUAGGAAGAGUCAUGAAGUGUUGAGUGGGGUGUACUAUAAAUUGGCAAAAGCAUACACGCAGAAUGACUUUGAUAUGCUAAUGGAAAAGGUUGAGAAGGAGGAUAUUCGUGUGAAGGAGUACUUGGAGUUAGCUGGAAGAGAAAAGUGGGCUAGGCUCUAUUGUCCAGUUAAUCGAGCAUGGACAUUGACAUCAAAUAUUGCUGAGUCCAUCAAUUCGGCACUUGUAUCUGCUAGAGAAUUGCCAAUUUAUGAUUUUUUGGAAGAAGUUAGGUUGAUGUAUGGACGGUGGAAUUUCACCAACCGACAGAAUGGUUCUUACACAUUCACAACACUUGGGAAAAAAUUUCAAGAGUUCCUAUCCAUCAAUGAGCAUAAAUCUACGCGCAUGAGGGUAAUUCCAUCAACCGAAUACUUGCACACGGUUAUUGAUGAAGGGAAGCGUUUUAUUGUUUGUAUUGAAAAUAAAACUUGCAGUUGCAAAAUGUUCCAAAUGAAUGAGAUACCCUGCCCCCAUGCUUGGGCUCUUAAGAAAAAAAAUCUCACUGCCGACAACUUCUGCUCAAAUUUGUACAAACCAGAAACUGUGAUGAAGACUUAUGAUGUACUAACUUAUUCUUUACCGGAUGAGAGUGAGUGGAAUGUGCCUGUACACGUUUCAGAAGAAGUGGUUUUACCACCGAGUGGAGUAAAAAGCACUGUAUAUGGCAGUGCAGGAUUUCUGAAUACAUCAGCUACUGGUUCCCAGUAA